GGCCUCUGUCAGCAUUCCGGCAGUCUGGACACGCCAUGAUCCGGCUGUGGUUGUACUGGGUGGUUGCUUCCGUGACUUCCAUUUCCGCCAGCAAGCCCCGUAUAGUGGGUGGCACGGAGACUACAAUAUCACAAGUUCCCUAUCUGGUUAACCUCUGGCAAAAUGGCUUCUUUAUCUGCGGCGGAUCCUUGAUUUCCACCAGCGUUGUCCUCAGUGCGGCCCAUUGUGUCUACGGUUCUCGGCCGGAGGAAUUCACUGUCCAAGCUGGAGCCAGUCGCCUGGAUGAAGAUGCUCCGGUGGUGCGAAAGGUGUCUCGUUUUCAUCUCUCCCCCGACUACUCGCCCACCAACUUCGACAUGGACGUGGCGUUGCUGCAACUGCAGGAAGAGGUUCCCUUGAUCCCCGGCAAGGUGUCAACCAUAGCUCCCUGUCGCAAUCCCCCCGAGAACAAUGCCUACGCCAGGAUAAGUGGUUGGGGAGUGACCCGCGAAAGUAACCGAGACCCGGCGGAUCAGGUGCGUACGGCCUUGGUGCGGGUGCUUCCCAAUGUGGAAUGCCAACUGGCCUACGCCGGAGUGGCCCGUUUAAGUGACUCGAUGAUCUGUGCUGCCGUUCGCGGGUUAAGGGACUCCUGCUCCGGGGACUCUGGAGGUCCUUUGGUGUAUCGGGGCCAGGUGUGUGGCAUUGUCUCCUGGGGAUUCGGAUGUGCGCGCCUGACCUUUCCGGGCGUCUACACCAAUGUGGCCAGCGAAAGGGUUCAGGAUUUUAUUACCGAAAGCCUGGACAGGAUUGGAAAAUAG